AAACUGAUGAUGACGAAGUUUCCGGCGUCACUUUUAGUAAACACAAGCAGCCUGGACUCGAGAAGCAGAAAAAUUUAAAGACGCCUAAAAGUUUAACCUAUGGUCAACAAUUGAACCAUUUAUUUUGAGGCACCCUUUUAAAGUAGACACGGCUCGGUUAACAACGUUGGUUUGCGAAAUGAUAUCUAGUUGAAUGCAGCCAGCGACCUGCACUUAGUUGAUAACUUGUCAGCUGGUGGGAACCUGAGUUAUUCUCCAGGCUGUUGGACUUGGACUUCCGCAGUCUGGGGCUGUUUUAAGUUAUUAGGGCUGUUGGAGACUUAACUUUAAUAGUUAAAUGGGGAAUUGCCUGUAUUUCCAAAGUGCCGACGACAUGUCUCCCUUAAACGAAUCCGAGGGGUCCAGUCUGCCAGGGGAGCCCCCGCCACCCUACGGGGAGGUUGGUUCUGAUGAUACAUCCACGUUCCACGGCAUCAACUACACGGGAGCAUGGUGAGCCAGACCAGGUAUACCACAUCUCCCCUGGGCAAGGCCGGUCAGCCAACCAGCUGAGUGAAGACCAACAGGUACGCAUCGCCCAACGCAUCGGCCUCAUUCAGCACCUCCCCACUGGCUUCUUCCAGCCAGGAGCAGAGGCCUCGGACAGGAAAGUAAAAGAGUGUGUGAUCUGCAUGGUGGAGUUUGAGUGUGGAGAUGCCAUUCGCUUCCUGCCCUGCCUCCACACCUACCACUUGGACUGCAUCGACCGCUGGCUCGUGCGCUCCUUCACCUGCCCCUCCUGUAUGGAGCCUGUAGAGGCCGCCCUGCUGGCCACAUAUCAGACCAACUGAGGACCCCCCCCCGUACCCUGCGUGGCUGCCCCAGCUGCGAUAUCAAACGCACCUUAUGACCCGUGGAGACACCUUAUGUCAAGGCAGAAGAACAUGGAAACCCCCCACACACGCAGAGAUUGAUGCCUUUUCCUUCUUUUUUUUUUGCCAAAUAUUGAUCAGUUGAAGGAGAGAGCGAAGCUGCACCUUACUGCGGGAGUACUACUGACUAUUGAUUAUAGCGGCUCCCUACUGAUACCAAACAGUUCUGUCAAACGGGUUUAACCAAGUGUAUGUUAAAGGAAGAGCUGCCACUGCCAUAUAUUUUUAAUAGUAUCUUUCAUUGACAUCUGCUGCCUGUAAAAUGUACAAGGUUGUGUCAAGAUGGACGGUUCAUAAUAGUUGUCAGUGAUUAUAAAGCAAACUAGUGUGUGUGUGUGGGAGUGUGCGUGUUGUAGUAGUACUUUCGUACAGACAUUUUCACUAACUGCAAGCACACGUAGUACUUGUGAUUGCACAGUUGUUUUGAGGAUGAGCAGGUCAGUAUGCUGGUGUGCUUUAAAGUGUUUUAACCAUCUUACUAAAAUGAAAGUAGUCUCUGUAUGUCUCUAGAUCUGUCCUAUAGUCUCGACAUCCAUUCAUCCAAUUAACUUCACACUUGGCCCGUUUCCAACAUUCACAUUCAACAUUUUGAACAGGUCAUUGCACUAGUAUUAAUUCAUAAAAAUGUCAUUAAUUAAUCAACAUCGACGGUAGAUAGUUGUCAGAUUAGUCAGAUUGUUUUAUUUCCAAGGUAAAGUUUACUCAUUUUAACCACUGUUAUUUUGAGCUAAAGGUAAGAACAUUUGUGAGAAGAAUAAUCAUUUGCUAUACCUUUCGGGUGUUGCCUUCUUGGCAUGGAUGGAAUGUUAUACUAACUAAGAAAAUCAUAAAAGUUGAUGACAAAGUAAUGUAAAGUUUAUUUACAUAUAUUUCAAGGGGUUCAAACAAUAUAAAUAUAUAUUUAAAUAUUAAAAGAACUUGUAUAGGGAGCUUUUGGAGUUUUUCUGAUGUUGGCGAUGCUUUUAGUUCGCCAGUAGAUGGCAGCAUUUUAACACAUUUUACAAUUUAAACCGUCAGUGGCCCAACAGAACAUACUAAAUAAUAAAUGGCAGAUUCGUUAUUGGAUGAAAAAGUUGCAUAAUGUAAAAAAAUGCUCUGUUUUAGCCUUGUAAGUUUGCGUUUUGCACUGAAUAUUAGAAAAACCAUCCAAAAAUACAACAGACUCCAAUCAAUGAACAUAUAAUCUGAAAAAAGAAAUAUCUAAAGGAGAUGUCCAUAGAUAAGGGAAAUACUAACGGCUCACUAUCCACAUCUACAAGCAAUACAGUAUUGGAUAUAUAUAAAAACAGGUUGAGCUAAGAAAAUAACACAUUUUAGCAUGAGAAGUAUCUACACAUUUUUUUCUUGUUGACAAAUGUUUCAGCCCUUAAAUGAGGACAAAUGACGUCCACAAUAUUUUUUUACAAAAACGAUGACACCAUUCUUUUUUACUAAGGAAAAGAAAAUGAACACCUCAUUUUUGAAUUGCAGAAAAAUAUAUACCUUGGGGGAGGCCUCCUUAUAAGCAGUGUUGUGCUAGUCAUGAUUCGAGACAUGCGAUAACAUUACAGCUUGCAUUACAGCUCUCUAGUCUACAUGAGGCUAUUGGGCUGCAUCACUAUCAUUGGAAAAAAGUAUAA